AGUCCUCGCCGUCAGUAGAGUGCAGCUCAAGUGGAGGAAGCAAACAUGCGAGAGUAGCUAGGAUGCAUGGACAAUGGCGCCGGUUGAAAGGAGACUUUAUCAGCGGUUGCUGUUCUUCGUGGUCAUGUUGCUUCCAAUCUCAGGUAUUUUAUGCUUUAGUGAAUUGUUUUUCACCAAGGAGCCCCGUGAUGUGACUGUCAUGAGGAAGGAGGCAGUUAUCUUGGACUGUCAAGCACGAGGAGAGGCCCCCGUUCACAUCCGAUGGCUCAAAAGUGGAUUAAAGCUUGUGGAGAGUGAACGGGUGUAUCUGCUGCCCAAUGGCUCCCUUUACUUUUCGGAGGUGGAGAGCAGACGAGGAGACAAAUCAGAUGAAGGGUGCUAUCAGUGCCUUGCUCAGAACAAGUUUGGAACAAUCCUGAGCCAGAAAGCCCGUCUUACAAUCGCAAGUAUGUCCUCUUUUGCACUCCAGCCAACAUCCAUAGUGGUGACUGAAGGCUCAGUUGCCAGGUUUUCUUGUAAAAUCAGUGCUCACCCUCCUCCCAUCAUCACUUGGGAGUUCAAUCGAGUCACUCUACCCCUCUCCACUGAACGAAUUACAGUCCUGCCCAGCGGUGUUCUGCAGAUCCACGGGAUCCAACGAGCAGAUGCCGGACAUUACCGCUGCAUUGCCACCAACAUCGCCAGCCGCCGCCGAAGUGCAGAAGCCACCCUCACUGUCACUCCAUUCCCAGCCCCCCAUCUUCCUCAAAGACCCCAUAUUAUUGCUGGACCAAAGAACAUGUCAGUGUCGCUGCACCAGAGUGCCAUCCUGGAGUGCCUGGCCACAGGAAAUCCACGUCCUCUCAUCUCCUGGAGCCGAGCUGACGGCAAAUCCAUCGAUGUUUACAACACUAAAGUGUUGGGAAAUGGCAACCUCCUAAUCACUGACAUUAAGCCGCAGCAUGGAGGGGUCUAUAUGUGCAGAGCCACCACUCCCGGCACACGGAACUAUACUGUCUCAUCAGCCAACAUCACUGUGUUAGCUCCACCUUCCUUGGUGGAAUGGCCAGAGAGCUUAACCCGCCCACGUGCUGGCACCGCUCGAUUUGUGUGUCAUGCUGAAGGGGUUCCGACACCUCAGAUCACAUGGUUCAAAAAUGGAGAAAAAGUUCAGUCCAACGGUCGGAUCAAGAUGUACCACAGCAAACUGGUCAUCAACCAGAUCAUCCUUGAAGACGAUGCCAUCUAUCAGUGCCAGGCAGAAAACGAGCUGGGGUCGGUCCUCUCCAUGGCCAGACUCAUCGUGGUGAUGUCGGAGGAUCGGCCAAGCGCACCCAGGAACAUCCGGGCCGACACCGUGUCGAGCUCUGCCAUCCUUCUGGCCUGGGAAAGGCCUCAGUAUAACUCGGAUAAAGUCAUUGCGUACUCUGUGCACUACAUGAAGGCUGAAGGAUUAAACAAUGAGGAAUAUCAAGUUGUCAUUGGAAACGAUACCACUCGCUACAUUAUUGAUGACCUAGAGCCUGCCCGCAACUACACCUUCUAUGUGGUGGCCUACAUGCCCAUGGGAGCCAGUCGCAUGUCCGACCAUGUCUUCCAACACACAUUUGAGGAUGUUCCCCUCCGGGCUCCAGAGCUGAGCCUCACCAGCCGCAGCCCCACAGACAUCCAAGUUUCUUGGCAGCGUCUUCCGAUGAAGCUGAGCCGUGGUCACGUUUCUGGGUACCGCUUGUCCUAUCGCACCAGUUCUGAGAGCGGGGUGUCACAAAUAGAGCUGCCAGGGGAAAAGACCCAAUAUUUCCUUGAAAAUCUGCAACCAGACACCAUCUACCUGCUGCGUAUUGCUGCUGCCACCAGCGCAGGGUGGGGCGAGCAGUCUGCCUGGACUUCUCAUCGUACUCCAAAGGCAUCCAGCAUUCAAGUUCCCUUGGCUCCUGAGCUGCAUCUGGAGCCUUUAAACUGCACAACGAUUUUAGCUCGCUGGCAUCUGACACCGAGAGGUUCAGCCAGAAUGCAGGGCUUCAAGCUCUUCUACCACGAGGAAAGCCAGCCUGAGAGCGCCCCAGUUCAGCUGAGCGCCUCUGUUAACAAACACAUCAUUGAAGGCCUUGACCCAAGAAAGAAGUAUCAUGUCAAACUCCUGGCUUAUAAUGUUGAUGAAGAUGGAUAUCAAGCAGAUCAGACUGUUAGCACUCCGGGAUGUGUCUCUGUUCGGGAUCGCCUAGUGCCUCCUCCACCUCCUCCACAUAAUGUUCACGUGAGGACCAAUACCUCCACCUCUGUGUUUCUAAAAUGGAGUCGACCGGCGUUCAGCUCCAGCCAUGCAGUUAACUAUACUGUACGCUGCAACCCUGUCGGCCUGCAGAAUGCAUCUCUAGUGCUCUACUUGCAAACGAACGAGCAGAGUUUUGUGGUACGUGACCUGGAGCCCAACACUAAAUAUGAAUUUGCCGUUCGCCUUCAUAUAGAGCAGCUGUCCAGCCCUUGGAGCCCCGUGGUCUAUCAAACCACUUUACCUGAAGCUCCCACACAACCCCCUUCCAACGUCAAAGUGACACUAAUUGAGGAAGACACAGCACUCGUUUCCUGGAAACUCCCCGAUGAACCCAAUGUAGCUGUGACGCACUACACUGUCCUGUACGCCUCUAGAAACACGUGGGCUGCUGGGAAAUGGCAAAUGCUGCGGAAAGAGGGAAGCUUGACUAUGGCGCUGUUGGAGAACCUCAAGCCUGGACAGGUUUACCUGGUUAAAGUCUCUGCAUCCAACCAAAUGGGCGAUGGUCCAUUUUCCCAGGUGUUGGAGCUGGCAGUAAGAGCAGAUCCCUCAGCUGGAAAAGACAUCAGAUUCUCCAGUGGCUCCUCACACUCCACAGGCUUUUCUGAUGGUUUCUAUCAUCUGGACCAAAAAUCAAUGACAGGUAUAAGUGUGGGCGUGUGCAUUGCUCUCACCUGCAUCAUUAUCUGUGCCUUCAUCAUCAUAUGCAGAGGCAAAAACAGGAAGCUUUCGGCUGUGAAGAUCUACAGAAAUGGUGUGAGCAGAUCUACCACACCUGUAGGUCAGCAGGGAUCAGAGGAACAGGAGGAGAAUGCUGAUGUGACCAUUCCAAUGAUGACCCAAAGCCACUACGUAGAUGCUAAAGGUGGAACAAAUCUUAUCAUCAAUUCUCUUGGACCUGUUCAGCCCAGCUCUCAGAAGAAAAAGAAAUGGUCUUUCUUCAGCAGUGACAUGAAAAAGGAGAGCUUUGCCAUGCAGGGACACGGCAUUGUCUCCUAUCAGGCUGGCACUACGAUGUUGACCUACGAGGAAGAACUGUGCAUUUCUCCAAACCAGCCCUCCACCCUUCAGGGCUUGCUGGAACAUUCAGGCGACACAGAAAGAUCUUCCAACAGCGACGGCAGCCAUGAAACUGGCGACUCUGGCCGCUACUCUCACGACGAGACGGAGUUGACCAACCUGUCUUCUGGUCCGAACAGCCGCCCGCCAUCUCUGUCGGCUGAGGACAGCAGCGGGGACUCGGACUGCAGCGGUCCUGCUGAGGAGCACCACGAGCUGUCAGAUGAGAGGGAAAUUGACCUGAUAGAGAGGGUCUGCUGAGAUUUGCCUCAAGUCACUGUGAAGCCCAGAGAGGUUUUCAGUCUGCAAGUGUGCAGCCAUGUCUGUGUUUGCGUGUGCAUCUAUUAAGGCAGUGACUUGCAAUCAAAACAACAUUGUGCAACAUCAAAAAUGGACAAAAUGACUUUUAUCAUUUAGCUAAGGUGUCACACUCAAAACAGAACAAAAUCCGCCUUGCAGAAGCCCCAAAUCUUACAUGUCAUUUCUUAAAUGUACUUUAAAACAGGUUAUUUAUGGGUUUCAUGUACCAGAAGUCUUAGCUGAAAGAGUGACUUAACAGAACCGAUUUUAAGUAAAAGUUUAGAACAUCAACCUACUUAAGAGAGCUUCAGAGGAACACAGAGCUUGUAAAGCUUUGGAAAACCUCUUCUGUAAUGCAUGUGCAUGUGUUUGCACUGAUGUUCAGAAAUAAGAAAGUAUCGUGGAAGGGGUAACAGCUUUAUCCAGGUCACCAACAUAUGGAAAAUUCACCCAUAAAGGCCUGUGGAUGUUGUUUUUGAUUGCAAGCAAACUGCUGGACUGAUUGUCAGCGUGAGAGUUUUGUAAGCUGUGUGAAGAAGCAGAAAGAGUGAACUUUAUUAUCAUUUAUCUUUAAAUCAGGAAGCCAGCAAAGACCUGAACAUUGUCAGCUGUUGGCCGAGAGGUUUAGUUGGUUUCCAUGGCUUCUCUUUCAAUGAAUGUCUUUUUUUAAGUUUCUUUUUCUGUAUAUUUUGGAGAGAAAAAAUCUCACCCACCGUGAAUGUUUAAAGAAAUAUAUGAAAUGUCAGGGAAGUGACAUAUCUGACAUUAUUUAUGAGAGUUUAUCACUGGAGCAGAAGGGGAGUGUGAGGUCUCUCUGCUUUUAAUCUACCUCAGUUUACCUCAGGGUAAACUUUCCACUAUAUUUUUUCUAACUACUUUAGGUUACGUGAUGGGCAGCUUCAUUUACACGUCUUGUUGUACGUCCUGAUAACUUUUGGUGUAAUUGUUGUCCCAUUUUCUUUUACAUUGUGUUUGAUUUGGUGGAUGGUAAGGGCACUGCAGCUUCCUCCUCUCACUCCACCUGGUUGUGUGGAAUGAAGGAUUUUAUCACAUCCUUUUGUUAUUUGUCCCCUCAGACGAUGCUGAGGUACUGAGCCAGUAUUAAUAAUAUUUUUGUCCAUUUUUGAGUUUGAAAGAAAUAAUGAAUGUCAGUUUUUAUUUUGUAUGCGCGUGUGCAGCUGCCCUUACUAUUCCUGUUUUAUACUACCUCGUUUAAGAGUAACUUUUGUUAUUGUAUUGAUUUCCUCCACUCAGGGAACAAGGUUUAGUACAUUGAAAAGCCAUGUAGUGUUACAUGGUGAACAGACAGGGUAUCUUCUCAGUGCUAAACUAUUGUACUGUGUAAUUUCCUAAUAGAAAAUCCUAUGAAUGUAUCUCUGACAUGCGUGCCAGUAGCUCAGGAAUUAGUGCUGCCUUUUCCAUAUAAUGCAAAUUGCCUCCUAGAUGACAGAGGGAGUCAGCAGAGCUGGUUGUUGUUGACUUCCCUGUUUGACUUGCGUAUAGAUUGACACCAGAAGUGCUUGCAGUGGCAUAUUGGGUUAGAAAAGCUUUAUAAUAUUUGGCCUUAAUGUGGACAGUGUUCCUCAGAUGACAGACACCAAAGCCUAAUCUGUCUGAGGGAGCAACUCCACGUGAGGAUGCGACACAUGAAGAAUGAUUGUAGUGGAAAAAGUGUCUAAUCAAGGAGACUGAAGUGAAGAAUGCUAUAAAAUGUUUUACCUCUAAAAUUCUAUUUUUCUUAGAAGUUAUUGUACUUCAGAGGAGUACGAUGUGUAGUUAUUUUGUAACUAGUUUUUGUUUUGAUGUAGAUUAGAUACAGAUUAGCACUUGUAGUUUUGUAUUUCAAGCCAAUGUGCAGCGGUGACUGCAAAGCUAUUACCCAAAGACUUGUUUGCGGAUUUAGUUUGCUAUGGUUCCUCGACUAAUCUCUGGCAAAAGGCCACCGAGGAAGGAGAAUUAAUCACAAGGGAUCAGACCAAAGAUGAAAUGUGGCCUUAGAGAUCAGUUGAGGCGCUGCACCUCAAACAACGCCAUGCGCGUUAGUGGCCUUCACCUGCUGCACAAAGAGUGCUGAGUUUUACAGACUCGCAGAAAGUGCUAGCAGAGGCUUUAUGGAGUUACUAUAAAUAAUCAGUUUUAUGCACACUGACCAAACUAUCCUGCUGCAGAGUUAUUUGUGAACUGUUGCAAACAGAUGUCUGUAUAGUAGGUGAAUAUUAUAAGAGAUAUAUACAGUGUAUUAUAUUGAUUAGUGGUCUGAGUUGCAACAGUGCAGUUUCAUGUUAAUGUGCACCCACUGGUAUGUUUCCACAAGAGUGAGUGAACAAUAAUUUUCUCAACACUUUAUUUUGAAAGAUAUACUCAAAUAAUUAUAGAGAUUAAAUAUUUAUAUUUUGAUAUUUUGGUGUAUUGAGAGUUCACUUGUACAAAUAAGUGUAGAUGUGAUUUAGUUUAUGACUCAAGAAAGAAACAUCAGUGGGUGCACAGACGUUGACAUGUUUCUGUGUUUUUAAUCAGUGGACUCUCCGAAGGAUUCAAUCAUUAUAAAGGGAAGUGAUUCGUGCGUUUCAAUCAUUUUAACUCUAAAGGGCAAACUGUUUGAACCAAAGAUUUUGAAAUGGUCACCGUUGCAUAUUGGUGUCAGAUAUCAGUUCAAAAGCAUCCUAUUUGUGUGAAACUCGAUCGGUUCCAGUGAUUUUUGCUUGGUAUUCUAUUUUUAGUUCAGUAUUUUGUCACAAUGCUUUUUUUUGCAAACUUUAAACAAAGCAAA